AUGAUGGACAACCUUAGUAAGCACCAAGUCUUGCGGGACUACUACAAGGAGGCGAAGCAGGCGGCCAGUGUUCCCAUGAGGUGCCCCUACUGCAAGCGACAGGGCCGGUUUGCCGCCAACACCUACGAAAUCGCGAAGCGCAUCCCCUCUGUCAUGGCCGAGGGUAUGGCACUAUGCCACUUCUGCGAGGCUCCGAUUGGGCGGCAGGUGGAUGCAGUGCUGCAGCUGCGCUCCUGGUACUGCGGGUACUGCGAGCUGUGUGUUUGUCCCGGCUGCCAGAAGCAGCAGCAGCAGCGGCGCUAG